AUGGUCUCGUGUGCUUCCUGCAGAGUACAUCGCAAGAAAUGUUCAGAAGAAUGUAUUUUGGCUCCUUAUUUUCCUCCGGAUGAUCUAGACAAUGGUACUUUUGAAACUCCUGGUGCAAGGGUGAAUGAUCCCGUGCAUGGCUGUACAAAAGAUGUUCAUCGACUGCGAAAGCAAAUUGCUGAUCUGGAAUCCCAAUUGGCGGUGAAGCAAGUAGAACUAAAGCAUAUGAGGUCUGAGUAUGAUAAUCUUUUAUUGGUUCUUGGCACUGCAUCUCUUGAUUCUCAACUUUUUCAAUAUCCAACCGAUGCUAUAUGA